AUGGCCAUGAGAUGGAAAGACAAAAGGAAUGUGUACUUCCUUUCUACAAUACACGGUGCAGAUCAGGUGGAAAUAGAAAAGAGAGGCAUCAUAAAAAUGAAACCCAAAGUGAGUGUUGAUUAUAAUUUUACGAUGGGAGGUGUUGAUCGCGUCGAUCAACAUUUGUCGAGUUAUCCCCUUCCAAGAAAAAGAGGAAAAAAAUAUUAUAAAAAAAUGUUUUUCCAUCUCAUGGAACUCUCUGAAUACAACGCAUAUGUGCUCUACAGAAAAAAAGGAGGUAGCAUGACACAUCUUGAAUUUAGAAUAAAACUAAUCGAAGAAUAUAUAGAAAAAUAUAGUGUUGGAAUUUUUUCUGCAAAAGGUGGUCGGCCAAGCAACACCCCUAAUCCGCUAAGAUUGACAGAACGUCAUUUUCUAAAAACUAUACCGGCGGUGGGUAGUAAAAGCAGACCUACAAAAAGGUGUGCUGUUUGCUGUUCGAAGCGGGACGACUCCGGAAAACGUGUCCGGAAAGAGAGUCGAUACUGGUGCGCCGAAUGUGAAGUAGGCUUAUGUUUGGAGGAAUGCUUCGAAAUUUACCACACAAAAACAAAUUAUUAA